AUGUUCGGUGGCAGCUUGAGAAACUACUGUCUACUCUUGCCUCCUGCCCUUCAGCUGCUCAACUUUCCUCCGCAGCAGCAGCCGGAGGAGGAGGUCCCUCGUCCACUGGUUCGCUUCGAGUAUCCCUCGGGUCACCAGCUCCGCCUGGUACCCCGUCGAUUGAGGGCCCGGCGAGCCGUUCCCGAUGGCGAUGCCUCCAGGCCCCAGGAAUCCGGAAACGGACCCAAUCUGGAUGUGAUUUUCAUGAGGCGCUGCUACCUGAUGGCUGGCCUAUUUUCGACCACCACCGCCAUAAUGGCAAUGAUUCUGUCCAAGGCCAUUCCUUUAGGUAUCGAUCUCGUAAUGCCCGGCUUCAUAUGCGCCAUGGUCUCCUUGCUGGUUCUUUUUUUGCUCAGCAUCGGAACAAAGUGUCGUAAGUUCUACUGGUUCAGCUUUAUUUUGGCCGGGUUGUUUGUCAGUUUGUCCGGCAUGGGUGUAAUCCUGGUUAUCUGGCACCGGAAUCUGGUGUACGUCUGCAUUGCCCUCCUGGCGGCCUCCACUGUGAUUCUGAUCUUCUACUUCGCUGGAGCCUGGCUGCCCAAGGUCGUUCUCCCAGGCGAAGCUGCCAUUUUGCUGCUGAUCGUCGUCUUCGUAGUGGCCUCCCUCUUCGUGAUGACCAUGUUUAUCUUCACGGACAAGCUGAUCUACCAAGUGGUGUACUUCUUCCUAUUGGCCAUUAUGCUGGUUCCCACAUCCCUGUACAAUGCUCAGGUGGUUCACGGCAGGCGAUUCAAGUUACCCGUCUACGAAUUCGUGAUUUGCGCCGUCAACGUCUAUCUGCACUUUCUGUUGUUCUUUACGGCCUUUUACUACAUCAUCUGGACGCCUAUUUGGUGAGGAUAUCUGAGCCUGGGGAAUCCUCUGAUGGCUGGUUAUUAUCGGAGCUUCUAAAAAGGAAAUAUGGAUUUAAGGUCCUUCCGGUUGAGAUUCAUUUAAAGCUUGUCGAGUAUACUAUCUCUGAAAAAUUAAAGCUUAGUUUUGUAA